CUCUCGGCCGUCUCGAUCCCACAGGAUCCGAGAGACCUCACAAGCCGCCACGGCCAGGUCCCCAUCCCAUCGCGGCGCCUGCACCCCCCCCCCCCCCCCCCCCCCCCCCCCCCCCCGUAGUAGCAGAGCCUCGCCGCCGCUGCCGAGAAUAGAUGGGGUUCGUGUCCUUCGUCGGGCGGGUGCUCUUCGUCGCCGCUUUCCUCCUCUCCGCCUACCAGGAGUUUAAUGAAUUUGGCGCUGAUGGUGGGCCAGCAGCUAAGGCCCUUCAGCCCAAGUUCAAUGUGUUUGUAAAAAAUAUCUCUGCACAUCUGGGAGUAGCUGUGCCGCACAUUGAGUUGAAGCAUGUGAUUGCUGCUACAAUUGCUCUUAAGGGACUUGGAAGUCUCCUUUUUAUUUUGAGCAGCUCCCUCGGUGCUUAUCUCCUGCUGCUGUACCUCGCUCUGAUCACUCCUAUCGUUCACGACUUCUACAACUACGACACGGAGAAGGAAGAAUUCGCGCGGCUGUUUGCGAAGUUCACCCAGGACGUGGCGCUGGUUGGAGCUCUCCUCGUCUUCCUGGGCAUGAAGAACUCCAUCCCGAAGCGGCAGGGCAAGAAGAAGGCUCACAAGGCGAAGACGAACUAGUAGGAGGCUGCUCGCUCUUUCUUUAGAUGGUUGCGCGCCGGCCUCAGGCGGGUGUCAGGAGACGAAUAGGCCCACUAGUGCGAAGCAGUCGUCGAUGCGCAUCGAGCUGCCGGCUGCGCUUUUACAUGUAUCGGAUAUUCAGAUUCCAUUUUGCGGGGCGCGGCCCGAACGAAGGUGUGACUAGUGAGCGGCCCGAACGAAGGUGUGACUAGUGAGCGGCGGUCAUGUAUGUGAUUGCGAUUGGUUGGUUGGUUUCUUGAACUGGGCUGGCAGUGGUUAAUCUUUUCGAUUUGAUUA